UUCCUGUAAAGCUGCAGUCGCUGAACAUCCCCACGUGUCACGUGAAGACUGUGCUCGCAACCUGCUUAAGUUCAUUUUGUCAGGAAAACUAGAUCCGAGCAUGUCUAUCAUUAAUUUUGGAGGAUUUGGAGGGUCUGUCCUUGAUGUUGUCCAGUCGUUUGGUCCCAACAAAUGUCUUGAGAAUACUUUCAUGCAGGGAUUUAUCGACUGUAUUCGUCAGGAUGAUGUAUUAUACAAUCCAGAUUCUGUAAUCAACACUCUAAUACUGAAUGUCAACGUUGGGACCGUUUUGAAUAUCGAGGAGUUUGAACAACACAGUUCAAAUCCACAGCCAUUCACAACAUCACUUCUUAAAGAACAUCUUGAACCGACCCUACCUUCAGAUGAUGUUCUUAACCAGAUUAAAUUGAUCCUGGUUCCUAUGCUACGCCGAAGCCACUGGACCCUUUAUGCAAUCAAUUUUGAACGUCGUCGAAUAGACAUCUUAGAUUCAAAUCCUUAUGGUACAUUGCUUGGAGGCACUACAUGGAAACAAAUCCAUAAUGAUCAAAUGAUGAUAAAUGGAACGAAGAUACCUUGGUCCAGACUAAUAAUGAGAAGACUUAGCAUUGCCUUACAUGAAGCUCGACCUGAGUCAACUGUACCAAAGUUUGGCAACUACAAGAUUGGGCUCCUUCCCAAUUGUCCAACCAUGACACCAGGGUCAAAUGAUUGUGGUUUUUUUGUCGCAAACUUCCUCCGCUACUACGAUUUUGAUGAUGGCGACUUAUCAGAAUUUUAUACUCCGGAUGAACCAUUGGACCAACGUGCCUUUGUUCUGCAUUACCUUACCUUUCAUCGCAACAACAUGGUUGCCCCCCUUCCUGCAGAACUGCUGCCUUUCAAGUAUUCUCCAAGGAGACGUCGCUGUUUGAAAGCCAAGACUUAG